AUGGAUUCCUACCACGUUUUGGCUCAAGUGGGGCAGGGCUCAUUUGGUCGAGUUCAUAAAGGAAUGAAAAGGUUUACUGGCCAAGUGGUCGCGCUGAAGUUUAUGCCAAAGAUGGGACGUUCAAGUAAAGAACUGCAAAGUUUAAAGAAAGAAAUCGAUAUUAUGAGUAACCUUCAACAUCCAAACAUUGUGAAAUUUCUUGACAGCUUUGAAACUGAAACAGAGGUUGUAGUGGUGACUGAAUACGCAGAAGGUCAAUUGUUUCAGAUCAUUGAAGCUGACGGUUCUUUACCAGAAAGUCGGGUUUGUGAGAUUGCCUGCCAGCUGGUCUCAGCUCUGUAUUAUUUGCAUUCCCGCCGCAUUCUUCAUCGAGACAUGAAACCACAAAAUAUCCUUUUUGAUAAAAAUGGUGUGGUUAAACUGUGUGACUUUGGGUUUGCAAGGGCAAUGAGCAUUUCCACCAUGGUGGUGACUUCUAUUAAGGGAACACCUCUGUACAUGUCACCUGAGUUAGUGGCUGAGAAGCCUUAUGACCACACUGCUGACCUCUGGGCAUUAGGCUGCAUUCUUUAUGAAAUCCAUACAGGGUUGCCCCCGUUCUGUGCUGAUUCAAUCUUCCAUUUGGGUCAGCUUAUUGUGAAAAACCCCAUCGUAUGGCCAGACAAUAUGAGCAGCACAUGCACGAGUUUCCUGAAAGGUUUGCUCAUCAAAGACCCUCAGAAACGACUGUCGUGGCCACACCUGCUGCAUCAUCCUUUUGUUGCCGAUGGUGUUCAAGUGAUACCAGACGCAGAUGUUUUCAAUCCUCUGACAGCAACACUUGACCCAGACAUGUUGGCACUGAAACUGAAACAAAUGGCAGAAAAGACAUCGCCAGAUUCUGGAGACAACAGGAUAUUUCGAAAGAUUCGGGAGCAAAGAAGCAAGACGAACACAAAGAAUAAGGGCGAGAGUGAUAAAAUAACUGAAAGUGAGGAAUUCUGGGAGAAACUUGCUGAGGAGACUGAUCCAAACCGACAAAACCAAGGAUUUUCAAAAUCAAAAGACAGGACUGUUAUUUCUAAACUGAAAUCCACCAUUUUAAGGUUUAAGCAGCAGCUAAGAGAUGGUGUCCUAACAGAUACGUAUCACAUUGGCCUUACGCUGAAGGUCCUUCAGAACCUGCUUCUGACCUCUGACAUUGCCACUACAAACCACAUUGGCAGUGACCUUGGCUUGCCAUGUUUCCUCUUUGACUUGGUUCGCAAUUCUGUGGAAAGUGCGCGAUUCAUUCAGCUGCCGUGGAGUCUUCAAACACUUGGAGAAAUGAUCGCUGCACUGCUGAUCUACUGGGAGAAGAACCAGGAUUGGUUAGGGGAGGAAAAAAGACCAGAAAAUUUAGUGGAGCCAUUCAUAACCAUUCUCAAUCAAGAAAACCUCCAUGCUUUAGCUCCUCUGGCUGCUUCUGUUUUGUCCCUGUUUGCUAAACACAAGGUUGCUGUCAAUGUUGAUGUGGCCUUGCUCAGUUCCUUGUUAAAACAACAAGUAUCUGCUUUAAAUCAGCUCCAACUUCCACUCCCGUCAGGCUGGGGUCUCUGUGAUGGCCUCUUGUCUUUACUUCUGCAUACACUUUCUGAGCACGGUGGUGGAUUUUCAUGUUUGGAUCCACGUACAUUUUAUUAUCUUUGGAAAAGGACUGGAACCUCAUUAGCGUGGACGACGCCAGACAUGGAAUUUUGUUCGACAAACGGACUUUAUUUUCUCAUGUCUGCCACACUGUUGUUCUUCUGCAAUGAUCCCUAUUCAUAUGUUACACUUUUUUGUGAGAGCAAAUCGACAUUUGUCUACACUCUUGGCUGGGUGCUCAGCCCUGAAUGUCUCCCUUUGUUUGUCAAAGGCAAUCCAGUGAAAUUGGAGGAUCUAACACAUGAGAGUUUUAUCCAGUUGAGUUGCCAGUUCCUUUGCCUUCCAUUUGCUUUGGACCUGACUGCAUACAACAGCUCCAGGAUUCUGCAAUUGUAUGACAGCUGUGGUGUGGUUCAAGGGCUUCUUCAGGUGAUUCAAACGCUUCCUCUUUCACUAGUGGAGCUACCACUGUCACUUCUCCGCCGCUUGUUGCUGUGUGACCGUCAACGCUCUCUUUCCCGUCUCAGUAAAGAUGCGAAUGGCUUUUUCUCUCAAUCGGGUCAGCGCAUACCGAGCAGAACCGCCAGUUCUUUGCUCAAUGAUUUUCUGAAGCGGAAUGACCUGGGAGACUCUGCUGUAGAACUUCUAUCUCUGCUAUACCUGCUUACCUGUUUUUACCCUAACUCUAGUUAUCUUGAGCUUCACCUUGAUUCUUCUGUGUUGCAUCAGGCGCUCGCUCACUCCUAUGAUCCGAUAAAAGCUGCUACUUGUAAGGUUUUGGGAAAUUUGUUUCCAUUCAAGUCUCCCACUCUGCCUAAUAUAAAUCCGGACAUAUUUAAAAGCAUGAUAGAUCUUCUAAAAGACUCCAAUGUCUAUGUGCGGCAGGCAGCUUGCUUGUCCGUUGGGAAAUGGUUAGGUUAUAUUGCGGGGGAGGCAGGCUUUAACGUGGGUAGACCCAAUCAAAGCGUAGGCAGCGCUACAGAGUCCCUCAAAGUGAAGGACAAUGAUGAACACAAGGGUUCAGAAUGGGAGACAGGUAUCACCAUGGGGACAGUUGAGAUGAGAAGGUGGCUUGAAGACAUCAGAAUGACUGGAGCCACACUGGCAGGACUGACCUCUGACCCUAAUGCUCACACUCGUCUCCACGCCUGCGCUGCCCUGGGAAACCUGCUGCAUGCUGUAGGGGACAUUCCAGAGUUGCUGGAAGAGAGUGUGUCGAGAUUACUUUUAAGAGCUGCAUGCACAGAUUCCCACAAGGCUGUGAGAGAAGCCGCCAUUGCAACUUUAAGCUUGUAUGCACAGCGGGACUCAAUGCUACAGGUUCUGAUAUCUCUAAAUGUUGAAAAAAAGCUGCUUCACGCGACCCAACACUCACCUUCGGAAUGUGACUAUCUUCCUCUCAUCAGACAAAUAAGGCAAAUGAGAGAAUUGUAG